UAAUUCAAAUUUGUUUUCAAAUCUCCCUAUUAGGCUGUUACCCGCCUUCCCCCACCAGACCACCAACAACCAACCCUCAAAAGCUCAGCCGCAAACUCCACCGCAUGAUCGCCAAAUCCGCCACCACCAUCGUUGACACAGCAAUCCAAAAAUGCAAUUCUCUCUCCCACAUCAAACAAAUCCAAUCCCACCUCAUAUCCGCCGGUCUCUUCCAAUUUUCUCUCUCUAUUCGCUCCAAACUUCUCGAGCUCACCGCCAUCUCUUCCUAUGGAGACCUCUCUUACGCAACCAUCAUCUUCAAUUACAUCAACCACCCAUCAAUAUAUGAUUGGAAUUCCAUAAUUCGAGGUCAUGCCCAGAGUCCAACUCCCCGAAUUGCACUCACCUUCUUCCUCUCCAUGCUGCGCGCGCCCCAAAAGCCAGACGCCGUCACUUGCUCUUUUGCCCUCAAGGCGUGUGCGCGCGCUUUGGCGAAUUUCGAGGGCCAUUUGAUACAUUCCUUGGUUAUUCGAUCUGGGUUCAAGGUGGAUGUGCUUUUGCAGACGACUUUAGUGGAUGUGUAUUGCAAAGUAGGGGAGUUUAAAGAUGCCCGGAAGGUGUUUGAUGAAAUGUCUGACAGAGAUAUUGCUUCUUGGAACGCUUUGAUUUGUGGGUUAGCUCAAGGGAGCUUUCCUAACGAAGCUCUGGAGUUGUUUUUCAGAGUCUGUAGGAUGGGGAUGAAGGCAGACAAUGUAACAGUCCUUGGUGCUCUUUCAGCUUGCUCUCAAAUGGGGGCUUCAAAAGAAGGGGACAAAGUAUGGUGUUAUAUUAAGGAAGAGAGGUUGGAUUUGAAGGUUACAGUAUGCAAUGCAGUGAUUGACAUGUACAAUAAAUGUGGGUUUGUGGAUAAAGCAUAUAAUGUGUUUAACAAUAUGAGGUGUAAGAAGAACAUCAUUACAUGGAAUACUAUGGUAAUGGGGUUUGCAAUGCAUGGACUUGGGGCAGAAGCUAUUGAGCUUCUUCAGAAGAUGAACAAUGCUGGAGUCUUCCCUGACCCAAUCACCUAUCUUGGUGUAUUGUGUGCUUGCAAUCAUGCAGCCUUGGUUGAUGAAGGGUAUCAAUUGUUUAACUCAAUGGAGAAGAAAGGGAUUGUUCGUAAUCUGAAGCAUUAUGGUGCUGUAGUUGACCUGUUAGGAAGAGCAGGGAGGCUAACUGAAGCUUAUGAAAUCAUAAACUCAAUGCCAAUUAAGCCUGAUAUUGUCCUUUGGCAAACUUUACUAGGCGCUUGCAACACAUACGGAAAUGUGGAAUUAGCAGAAAUUGCAUCAGAAAAACUCGUUGAAAUGGGGUCAGAUAGCUGUGGAGAUUUCAUCCUCUUGUCAAAUGUUUAUGCUACAUACAAGAGGUGGAAUGAUGUAGGUCGAAUUAGAGAAGAGAUGAAGAUCAGGGAUGUGAAAAAAGUCCCUGGAUUUAGCUACACUGAAGUUGGUGGUGUAUUGCACAAGUUCAUCAGUGGAGAUCAGAGUCACCCAAAUUGGAGAGAGAUCUAUGCAAAACUGGGUGAAGUCAUGUAUAAGAUUAAGGAGCAUGGAUAUGUUCCAGGGACGAGAUUUGUGUUGCACGAUAUAGGGGAGGAAGAUAAAGAGUACGCGUUGUGUUAUCAUAGUGAGAAGUUGGCUGUGGCUUUUGGGUUGCUGAAAACAAGCCAUGAAACCCCAAUUCAUGUAAUCAAGAAUCUCAGAAUAUGUGUGGAUUGUCAUGCUGUUAUGAAGCUUGUGUCAAAGGUUUAUAAUCGUGAGAUUAUAGUUAGGGAUCGAGCUCGAUUUCAUAGGUUUAAGGAAGGAACUUGUUCUUGUAGGGAUUAUUGGUAAAGAGGGUGAGGGAUUAGAGUUGUGUAUGGAAAAACUCAGCAAUAACUCUAUCUGGACUUGGUGAUUUAGAGUUGUGUAUAGAGAACAUGGCAUCCUUAAUUUCUUGAUGAGAAAAGGGCUCCUCCAAUAAAGAGACUUCCUCAAGUUUUUUUUUUUGGGAAAGGAAAAAUACAAUGAAAUUAGGACAGUCUUCUCUCAAUAUUGUAUGCACUUCCUUUCUCAAGAUAUGGCAUCUCAUGGUAUUAAUGUUUCUAUGCACCCGGGUGCAUCUAUCUGUAGGUGCAUGGCGUGCAUUCCAUCUCAUUUUAUGUUCACUUGUUCUAAACAUGAGCAUACGAGCUGGUUUAUGUGAGAGAGUACGUGUACGUUAUUUUCAGGU